AUGGGGUUCCACAUCCAAGGCUACAUCGCCAUGAUGGGCAGGGGCAUAAACCCCAAAACCUGGAAAAAAAUGUGGAUAAAUUACAAGAACAAGCAAAUCAUAGAUGUGUAUAAUGGGGUUGCCCAGUUCACAAAUAACCAAAUAGCGCAGGUCGCAAGAGUGUACCAGUACAGAUACUGGUGGUGGGCCAACCCCUUUGGCAUGGGACUCAUUUUCUACCUAGGGUACAAGGCAUGGUAUAUGGUGUACAUGAACCACAAGCAGAGGAAGGUGGCGCAGGUAGUUGCGUCGGCCUAUGGUCAAGGUGGACAGUGGCUUAACCCCGUCCCGAAAUGA